AUGCCACAUUCAUCACGACAUUCAGGUCAUCAUCAUGAUAGAAAAAUGCUUCCUAAACCUCGACAUCGAUAUCAACAUCCACCAACAUAUCCUGUAGAUAUGUCUAUGAAGAGACCUCAUCAUAGGCAUAGACGUCAUAGAAGUCAUCGUCAUCGUCAUCAACAUGGUUCAUCAAAUUCAAAAUUCGAAGCUGAAAUGCUGAAAUCACAUAAUUAUUUUCGUGCUCGUCAUUGUGCACCACCACUUGUUAUAGAUCAACAGUUAAAUCGAAUUGCUCAAUCAUAUGCUCAACAUUUAGCAGCGACAUCAACAUUUGAACAUAGUGGAAAUCAACUUGGAAAUGAACCCUUAGGAGAAAAUCUAUAUAUGCAAUGGAUAUCUUAUGGUCAAGCACAAGCUUCUGCAAGAGAUGCAAUGCAAAGUUGGUAUGAUGAAAUAGCAUUGUAUGAUUUUGACAGACCAAGAUAUUCAUCAGAAGCCGGUCAUUUUACCCAAAUGGUGUGGAGAUCAUCAAGAAAAUUGGGUGUUGGAAUAGCUCACUCACCUGAUGGCCGUGAAGUUUAUAUUGUAGCAAAUUAUUAUCCUGGUGGAAAUAUUGUUAAUCCAGGACUUUUCGAAAAUAAUGUUCUACCACCGAAUUGUUAA